AUGCAGAAAACUGGAUUAGAAGAAGAUGAUUCGAAGAAGCCAGCUAUGGAGGGUAGCCGAUCAACUGUGGCAAUGACUGCAUUCCGUCUGCCAUUUGAGAUUACGAUUGAAAUUCUAUCGAGGUUGCCAGUGAAAUCCCUCUUGCGAUGCAAGUCCGUUUGCAAAAAUUGGUAUGAUUUGAUCAAAACCCCUCAUUUCAUUUCCAAACACCUUCAAACCCAUUCCACUCGCAACCACACCCCUCUCCUGGAAACUUGUUUUAUUAUUGUAAACGAAAACGAUGAAAUCUUAUUAAUCCACAACGUUGGGUUUAACAAGGGCCCUAUCAAUCUCGAUUUCCCAUUUUUGGAUAUGAGGAAUUGUGGCACUUGGGAGUAUGAUGGGGACGAUUAUUUUUCCAUUGUGGGUAUAUCCUUGAAUGAAGUUUUCUAUUGGUUUGCACAUGUAGUCCCAACUGAUCAAGUGGUUGUCAUGUCCUUCGACAUGGGUAAUGAGGUGUUCAAAAGGAUAAGAACACCAAAGUGUUUGCAUAAGACUCGGAAUCUAACUAACUGGAUUGCAAGUGAUAUGGGAUACAAGUUGCAAGAGAGCUUCGAUGAUACGGACGUUGCUACAAUCGCUGAUGAGUCGAUUGCCGAUUAA